AGAGCUGUGGUUGCCAUGGUGCAGCGUCAUCGAUAGGACUGGAGCAAACCCCGAGGCGUGCCGUGGACCAAAAACUAAAAAUCAUAUCUGAACGCUUCUGACUGUCAGGAUCACUCCUUCUUGCUGUGGAUAAUAACAAAACGGCGUAUUUUUUUUAAAAAGAUAGUCACGACUCUUUCCUUUACUUUACCUAAGGGCCGCUAAGUUAGCUUAACUUCAUGCUAGCUUGCUAGUAGUUGAACCGCUAUGUGGCUAACAUUAGCCUAGCGAGAGUCCAAAACAAGAAGCCGUGAAUUGCGACAGUUUUCAGGGUAAACCAGACAAAUUAAGGAAUAUAUAAAAAGGGUAAACGCACAGGAAUGAGAGGUCGCUGACGUUAGCACACACCUGUUGAGGGUAGCUAGCUAGCUUGUUGAUGCUAGCAUCACAAGCUAAACUGUCUCACAACAAUGAAACUGUCAACAACAGACGGCCUUCUCUAAUCCCAUCUGUCCGUGACACAGAGAGGGGACACCUGGUGGUAUUGAUCCUCAAGGAGAAGAUGUGAAUGGUGAUGCCAACAGAGAAGAUGGUGAUAAUGUGACCUAUGUGGGACAACAUGGAGUCUGAAAACAUGACCGAUCCAUGUGAAGACAACCGGGAUGCUGACCAAAGUCGCCAGUCACUCCGGAGUACAAAGAAUGAUUCCCGAGCAUCAUCCUUCCAAAAACACAAAAAGAUCUUCCAGGAGAAGAUCCAGGACGAGGGUGAAAAAGACGUCUGUGUUGAGAGCAGAUCGAAAACCAGAACCAGGCGUUCGGAUCCCGAUCGGGACCAGAUAUCAGAUGGAGAUGGACGCAGAAGCACUGGGUCGUUUUACUCGGAGGACUAUGAGAAUGAGUCUCAUUCAGACCGCUCGAUCUCACCAUACUCCCAUUCCCGGACUCCUUCCCUUACCCCCCAAAGAUCGGUGCGGGCAAAGAGGAUUUCUAACAGCCCCUUCUACAAGACAGGUGUUGUGGGGCGCCGGGGUGUGUCACGUCCACAGCGUCCUGGUGGCCAGCCCCUGACCCAGCAGCAUCGCAGGGGAGUGCGUUCACAAAGCAAGGAGUCCACGCCCCCUAAAGACCUGGACCUGGUGACCAAGAGGAUGCUCUCAGCCCGCCUGUUAAAGAUCAAUGAAUUGCGUAACUCACUUGUCGAGCUGCAACAGCGCACUGAUGAGUUGCAGAAGGAAAAUCGAGUUCUCAGACAGCUUCAGGUGCGUCAAGAGAAAGCCCUGCAGCGCUAUGAUGACACAGAAAGCGAGAUAUCCCAGCUACUGGCGCGCCACACCAACGAGACCAACGUGCUGCGUGAGCGGCUCAGGCGUACUCAGGAGCGGGAACGGGCAGCUGAGCGGCGGAUGAAGGACAGCGAGGAGCAGCUGCAGAGGAGUCAGACGACUAUCGCCCGGCUGAAGAAGCUGGUCGACCAGCGAGAGUUAGGAGCCAGAGACGAGCUGAGCCGAAGACUAGAUGAAGAGAAGACAAGGGCCCAAGAGGCAGAACAGAAGAUUAAGGAGCUGGAGCGUAGCAUGGAGCUUAGCAACAGCAGUUAUCAGAGGCAGUUGGCUUCAGAGAGGAAGAAGACAAUCAGUGCCCAGGAAGAGAUCAGGACUCUGCAGGAGGAGCUGGAACGACUGACCAAUAAACUCAAGGAGAAGGAGAGAGAACUAGAUGCUAAGAACAUUUAUGCCAACCGCAUGAUGAAACCUGCACUGAGAAAAGAUGUUGACAGUGGCGCAAAGCGGAAAGUCCCCAGCAGGAGCAGCACCAAGGCCGUUCAAACUAAAGACAGAUCGUCUAGUCUGGAUUUCCCUACACCUCCCCCUGCCCUCGCUGAUGCCAAUGAGUACAGUGCACAGGCACCUGAUGAAUACCUGUCACUCAAGGAGUUUGACAGAGUGGACAGACAGGCAGAGACAGAAGUCAGACAUCAAAAGUUGGAACGGCAGAAGAUGAGAGACAGAGAAAAAGAUGGCGAGAAGGAGAAGGAGACGGUGAAGAAAGAGGAGAAGCGACAUCUCAACCAGGAGCUCAAUGUGAUCGACGAGAAGGCGAAGACACCAAGAGAUGGUAUGACGAGAAAAAAAGAGCAAGACGACAGUAAGAGGACGACUGAAAGCUCCCUAUUAAACCAGGAGGAAGAGAACAACAGGAAGCGCAGCCAUGUCCAGGAAGAGGUGGAGAGGUGGAACCAGGGCGCUCUGACCAAUCAGCAAGCGUCAGAGGAAGCACGUCGCAAAAAAGAGCAGCUGCUGGCUAAGAUGCGUGAAGUAGACCGACAGGAACACGGAGCCCAGGACGCCAUGUUUGCUGAGUCUAGUCCUUCUGAGUUCAAUAAGGCUACCAGUAACCAUUCUUCUCCCCGUCCUCCUGAUCAGAGGAACCAUAUCUCUUCAAUUUUUAACCUCACAGAAUCAGAGGAGUCGGCCGGUCUGCGCGCUGGUGUCGGAAGCGGGGAAGGCGGAAGGAGAAGAUCGGGCUUGCAGGGUGGAGCUGCUACAACAGGGAUGGGGAAGAGAGCUCCAUGGCCUCAAAACUCACGGGACGACUUGGCAUUCGGAAGCUACGCGCCUUCUUUUGGAAACUCAGCCUCACGCGGUUCCUCCGGCUUCCCUCCACCUCCGCCCAAAGAGGACAGGGACUCUGCCUUAGAAGCGAUAGGUGUGUUUAGUCUCAGAGGGGUGGAGACAGAGAAAGAAAAGGAGACGGAGAGAGGAGCGGGAAAGGACAGGAAGUCUAGCCUCAUGCAGCAGCUAUUCGGUGCCCUGGCAACACCUGCGGGUGACAGUGUGACCCCCUCCAAUAAAAUGGAGGUCCUCAACAAUCCACCAACUACCAAUGGGGUGCGUUCAAGACGGGAAGCACUGCUCAGCUUCAACUCAGGGUCCUCCACUCCUCCAGAAUCCUCCCUGAAAACCCUACACGUCACAGAUAGCAGGCCUGCCAUCCGUGCCAUCGCCUCAUUCGAUGAUGACAUAGAGGAACUUACUUUAUGAAAUUAAUUUAGAUUUUAGGUAGUCAGUGUCCUAGCAGGCCAUCGCGGAUGUCUGUCAGUCACAAAGACAUGAGACAAAAUAGAAGAGAUUGAUUAAUGAACAUGGUCUGUAAAUUCAAGUCUGAACACUAAUGAUUUCCCAAUAAAAAUGACAACAAUAUCAACAGAACCAAGCAAAGAACUAAUUUAAGUUUCUAAAAUAUUAAAUAAGUGAUAAGUUAUUUAACUUGUGUGACUGUUUUUAAAAUGUUUCAUGUACAAAUGUGUAAUUUGUAGUGAUCUUCAAGCAUUCAGGUCCAUGUGUGUAGACAGAUAGCUGUCACAAUGUUGCUGAAACUGCUAAUAUAGGAUUUCUGACCCUUUGUUUUAUUUUAAUGCUAGACGCACUUGUGAUUAUUGUGGAGACGAUGGCUUUUACUCGUUUCACCUGUUUGAACAGACUUUUCAGUUUUGGUAAAAUAUGACUUAGUAGGUAGUUUGUCUGAUGAAAAAAAGGAUAAGAAGGAGCCACAACAUACAAAAUCCCUGCACCUAGAAUAUCUGUUCUACAAUCAAAAACCAAAACAAAGGCGUGACAGUCAGAAUGACGCAAAUCACCUUUCUUUAUGUUUAAUAUUUUAGUAAUUUGACAUAUUUUGUAGUAAUAUUGUUUGGGGUUGCUGUUAUUGUUUUUUGUUUUUUUUGUCUGGGAUCCUACAAUUCCCUGCAUAUCUUUAUUUGGACAAAUUUGAGUGUUUGUCAUUUUUGAGUUAUGUUAGAGUCCAUGCCAUAAGAAUGUACCACUAAGCAAUAUGACAAUCAUGUUAAGACGGCUUCUCCGACGUAUGACAACUUAAACAAACUAAUGAAAAAUAUACAUUUUCUGCAGGUUUAUAACUACCAAUUGUAUAUUGAUACUGAUACAAUGUCCUAUUAAUAGGAAGAUGUCAUUGACCCUAUAAAAUGUUAUUUUUCCUAUAAACAAAUGGUUGAUAAUUUAUAUAAGCUCAAUGACAGUUAGUGUAGUUGUGUGUCAUAUUAAAUCAAUCAAUUCAAUAUUGUGUUUUAAAAGAGACACUUUUUUUCUAUUUGAUUAACUUGACUUGGAAGAUAUUGUAAAAAAAAAAGUAAAUAUAGAUAUUUCCACUUCCGGCACUCAUACAAACCACCUGUUGCUGUAGUAGAAGCUACAAGCUAUACUGAUGUGAAUAGAAGAAAUUAUUUAAUUAUGUUAAAUUCUUAUAAACUUGCAUAACAAUUUACAACUCCUAAUUUGGUACAUACACUACAUCGGUAACCUGUAUAAUGUAUAUUUAAUAGAAAGGAAUGAUAUUUCCAUUUUGACACAUUUCUGAAGAGCUUUUUUCUAUUUAUUCUGGCAAAAUGUGUUUUAGUAACUUUAGUAAUG